AUGGAAUGCCAGAUAUGUCUGUCAGAAGCACAAACAUUUCUCUUGAUGGCUUCACCUUCAGUAGUGACACGUUGUGGAUUAAUUCAUAUUGACCAUAAAGAAUUUGGUUACAAACCACUUGUAGAUUCUUGGAUAGAAAGGCAGAAUCCUCGAUGGAUGGCAGACAAUGAGAAGCUAUUUGCUGAUAUGUUUGACUGGCUGGUUCCUCCGUGUAUGAAGUUUUUGCAUAAUGAAGCUACCCACAUCCUGAUGCAUUUAGGUGAAACACAGCUUGUUAAGACAAUGUCUGAAAUUAUAGAGAUGCUUAUGGAUGAUGCUUUAGUUCUGAAUGGUAAUAACAAUAACUAUGUAAGGUUUUGGUUGCAAGCAGCAUUUGUCUUUGGUGGCUCUUGGACAUUCGCAAGUGUACUUGAUGAUGAAGGAAGAGUAAUGUUUGAUGAAUUUUACAAAGGCAUUUGGAAAGGAUUGGAAAGUGAUCACCCAGUUCCAAGGUCUCUGGAGAUAGUUGACAUAUCAAUACCAAAGGAAGGAUUAUUAAUUGAUCUAGUAUACACAUUUAAAGGCAAAGGAGCAUGGAAUUAUUGGAGUGAAGUUGUCAGAACAGCAGAAAUCAAGGAAAGAAUUAGCCUCCAACAGACUCUAAUACCAACUAUGGAUUCCGUGAGAAUGCAUUACUUUAUGGAGUUACAUAUAAAUCACAAAGUGCCAAUGUUGCUUGUGGGUCCUGCAGGGACUGGUAAAAGUUUUCUCUAUCAGAAUAUGCUGCUAUUUAAAUUGCCCAAGGAUGACUAUGCUGUGGACUUCAUAACAUUAUCUUCCAAGAUAACAGCAAAUGAACUUCAGUCCAUAGUAGUUUCAAAAAUGGUGAAGGAAACAAAAGGCAAAUUUAGUGCACCAGAUAGUAAAAGGAUGGUCAUUUUAAUAGACAACAUGAAUGUUGUAGAUCCUGAGCCACUUGGUGCACAGCCUCCUCUGGAACUUUUGAGAUAUUUCCUGGAGUAUGAAUUCUGGUAUGACUACGAAGAUUCAAGCAAAAUUACUUUAAAUGAUGUUAUGUUCGUAGCUGCACAACAAAAUGAUGGAGCCAACAAACACAAGAUAUCUUCUCGUGUGCUACAUCAUUUCAAUGUACUUUCAAUUAACACUUUUAAUGAAAGCACACUGUCUAGAAUAUUUUCAAAUAUUCUUCUCAUUGCUCUCAAGCAAAACGGUUUUACACAAGAAGUGUGGCCUACUGUGCAGAAUAUGAUUGCAGCUACCAUUGAUAUAUGGCAAACAGCAAAAUCGUGUCUCUUUGCUACUCCCAAAACACCCCAUUACAUAUUUGAUAUGAUGGACAUCUCAAAAGUCAUGUAUGGUUGUUCUAUGGUAAAAAGGCCUCCUACAGCUGAAAGGAACACAUUUUAUGGAAAACUGUGGAUGCAUGAAGCAUUAAGAGUUUUCUAUGAUAGACUUUCAAAUGGUUUGGACAGAGAGACAAUAUUUGCAAAAAUAUGCAGUGCUAUAACUCAGUACUUCCCUGAACCACCUGAAAUAUUCCUCAAUCAUCUCCCAUCAUUCGAUGGAAUGGUAACUGAAGACCUAGUAAAAGGAUUGUCAUUUGGAAAGUAUUUUAAUAUGCAAGAUGAUGAAGUUUCUCAGUGGUAUGAGGAAAUUUUAAACUUUGAUGAUAUCCAAACAACUGCUGAAAGAGUGAUUGAGAAAUAUAAUGAAGAGCAUGAAAUAAAAAUGGAUAUAGUCUUAUUCAGGUCUGCACUAGAACAUCUCAUCCACCUGUGCCGGAUUAUGGUUACUCCAUGCAGUAACUGUCUUCUUAUUGGAGUUGGAGGCACAUCUCGUCAGACCUUAGUACGUCUUGGUGCUGUCAUAGUUGGAAAUAUUUGUUUUCAACCAACCAUCUCGAAAGAAUAUGGCCUUGAAGAGUGGAGAUCUGACUUGAAAUACUGUUUGGUUGAAAGUGGUGGACACAAUAAAGAAGUAACCCUUAUGUUCAGUGAUUAUCAGAUAAAAUAUGAAGACUUUCUAGAAGACUUAAACUGUCUUGUCAGCACAGGAGAAGUUCCCAAUAUGUUUACAAGAAUUGAAAAACAAGAGAUUUUAGAUAUGGUACGCAGUGCAGCACAAGGAGGUAUAAGCAGUGUUGAGAUCAGUUUGGUUGAAGCUUUCCAGUUUUUUAUCAGCCGAUGCAAACUGAAACUGCAUGUUAUGUUGUCUUUUAAUCACACAUUCAGUGAAUAUCGUAGGCGUCUACACUCAUAUACUAACCUAGUAACUUGUUGUGACUGCAUAUGGUUUGAGCCAUGGACUGAUGAUGCUUUAGAAAAAGUAGCACAACGGUAUCUGAGCGAUGCACAUGUGAGUGAUCAAACAAAGACAGCUGCAGUGGAUGUAUGCAAAUAUUUUCAUCUCACAGCUGGACCUGUUCAGGAUAAUUUCUAUAGAGCAGUGGGUCUCCAGACAUACAUUUCAGCAUCAAAUUUUGUUUUACUUACAAAGUCAUUUACAUAUACUGUCAAUACUAAGAAAGAAGAAACAGAGGAGGUCAGGGACCAUUACUUGUCAGGUCUUGGAAAACUCCAUUAUGCAGAUAAGGAGGUCCAAAAGCUGUUAGAUAAUCUCAUGGACUUGCGUUCACAACUAGCUGACACCACAAAAAAAUUGGAACAAACGAAGCUAAACAUUAUUUAUACACAAAAGCAACAUGCUGCUCAAACCAAGAAAGUUGAAAAGCAACGAGAUAUUACUGAGAAACAGAGAGAAGUUACCAAAGGGCUGCAAGAUAAUUGUGAUGAAAUAAUGAGUGAAGCAACACCAUUUCUUGAAGAUGCAAAUGAAAAAUUAAAUGCACUAAAACCAUCUGACAUGACAAAUCUGAAAGGAAUGAAGCAACCCCCAGAUGGAGUAAGAGUGGUCAUGACUGCAGUUUGUCUAUUGAAAGAUGUGAAACCUGACAGAAUUACUGAUCCAGCCUCUGGAAAGAAAUCAAAUGACUACUGGGGACCAGCUAAAAAGCUUCUUGCUGAUUUUCGCUUUCUGUUCAACCUUAAAACAUUUGACAAAGACAACAUACCUCCUGCCAUUAUGAAGAAAGUUCGAGCUGAAAUAAAAAAACCAGAGUUUAAUGCUCAAGCUAUAGGAAAAGCAUCAAAGGCUGCUGAAGCAAUAUGUCUGUGGGUGACUGCAAUGGACGUAUAUGAGCGUGUUUCCAAGGUAUUAGAACCAAAAAAAGUAGUAUUAGCGGAAGCUGAAGCAGUCCUACAAGAAUUCAGCACUGUUUUAUCUAGCGAAGAAGAGAAGCAGAAGGACCUUGAAGCCAAAUUAUUAGAACUGAACAGAGUGCGUGAGGAAACUGCUGAUCAUAAAGCUGACCUUGAAGCUAGAGAAGCUGAGGCAGACAGCAAGUGGCAGCGAGCUGACAGACUUAUUCGAAGCCUUGAAGGAGAGAGAAUUCAUUGGACAGAAGCAUCUGACUCAUUGCAGCUCGCACUUGAUAACCUGCCUGGCAAUGUUUUAGUAUCUUGUGGAGUUAUGGCAUACCUUUCACCUUUCACAUCAGUGUACAGGACUAAAUGCAUUGAAGACUGGCAUGCAUACAUUGUUAGAAGUGGCAUCCCAAGUUCAACUGUCUAUGAUUUUGUUCAAGCCCUAGGGCUCGAUCUAAAAACCCGUUCAUGGAUAAUUGCUGGGCUUCCUCGAGACCAUUUUACACUUGAAAGUGCAGUUAUUGUUGAUAAUUCGCAAAGGUGGUCAAUUAUGGUGGAUCCUCAAAGUCAAGGUAACAAAUGGAUCAAAAAUGUUGAAAAGAAAAAUGGUCUUGAAGUAGUAAAGUUCACAGAUGCCACUUAUGUGGGUACUAUUGAAAACUGCAUAAUGUUUGGACGACCAGCACUUCUUGAAAACAUUGGAGAAACUCUUGAACCACCCUUAGAUCCUGUGCUCCUGAAAAGGAUAUAUUUAAAGGAUGGAUCACUCAAAAUAAUGCUCAGUAAGGAGGUUGAAUAUAAUACAAAGUUCAGAUUUUACAUAACUACAAAGUUGCAAAAGCCGCGCUAUUCAUUCCAUGACUACAACAAAAUAACACUUGUGAACUUUUACCUCCCAAUAGAGGGUCUACAGGAGCAGCUUCUAACAAUAGUGGUGAAAAGUGAAAGACCUGACAUGGAAGAUCAGAGACAAAAUCUAUUACAACAAAGUGCCACACAUGUCAAGAGACUUGAAGAUAUAGAACAGAAUAUAUUUGAAACAUUGGCAGAGUCAACAGGCAACAUUUUAGAAGAUGAUUAUGCAAUAAAUGUGCUUAAUUCCUCCAAGAUCACAGCCCGUGACAUUAAUGUGAAGGAAGCAGCUGUCCAACAAGCAAAUGAUGAGAUAGAGGAAUUCAGACAAAAUUAUCAGACUGUGGCAAGACAUUCAGCCAUUCUUUAUUACUGUAUAACUGAUCUUCGUGCUAUUAACUAUAUGUACCAAUACUCCCUGGACUGGUUCCUGAACUUGUAUACAUCCUCUUGUACCAAAAAAAUCAUAUUUGGGGCAACCAGCCCUUGGCAAAAAAAAGUUUUUAUUGCCCAGAAGAGAGCUAUAUGCAUCAUGAGUGGUGUGGAACCAAGCAUUCAUGCUGGAAUCUGUUUAGGAAUCUACAGCUUAGGUUCAAUGAGCAUAGAGGAACGUCUGAAGCUGCUUACCGACACAUUCACUAUCAGUCUUUAUCAGCAAGUAUCUCAGUCUCUCUUUGAAAGAGAUAAGUUGACAUUUUCUUUCAUUCUCUGCAGCAGAAUCUUGAUAGCACAAGAUGAACUACCAAGGGAGGAAUUCAUGUUUCUUGUCAUGAGCAUUGUUGAUGUUGAAAGUUUAGAGCCUAACCCUGCUCCUGAGUGGUUAAGAAAUGAGGCAUGGAGUAUGCUCUGCCAGAUAGAAGUAUUGCCCGCUUUCAGUGGUUUCAAAGAACAUUUCAAGAAGCAAAUAAGUGGGUGGAAGCAGUAUUCUACUGAUGUGGAUGCCUCAUUGGCUAAGUUGCCUUCUCCUUGGGCACAGCGUCUCUCUCAGUUUGAAGCACUGAUCCUUAUUCGGAUAUUCCAUCCAGAUAAGUUAUUAUAUUUUGUGAGAGACUUCAUACAGUCUAAAAUGGGGAUGAAGUUUGUGAAACCACCACAUUUUGAUAUAGAAAAAGCUUAUGAGGAUUCUGAUGUGAUGUGUCCUCUUAUAUUUAUCUCAGAACCACAGUAUAAUCCUAUUACAGAUUUAUAUAGAUUUGCUCAGCGCAAAGAAUAUGGAUCCAAAUUUAUCCCAAUAUCACUUGGAGAAGGACAGGGUGAAAUUGCUCAGAAUACAAUACGAGCAGCACAAGCUGAUGGCAGCUGGGUCUGCUUACAAAAUUGCCAUCUUGCAUGCUCCUGGAUGCCAACACUGCAGAGGAUAUGGGAAACAAUAGACAACAACAAUUCUAGUCCUGGAUUUAGGCUCUGGCUCACAACUGAACCUUCAGAGGGGUUCCCAGAAUCUGUUUUGCAGAAUGGAAUUAAACUCACAUAUGAUCCUCCAGUGGGUGUUAAACGAAAUCUUUAUCACUUAUAUAUGUCAGAAAUGUUAAGAGACCCACAUGUAUUUGAGAGUUCUGGUGGUCGGUACAAAGAAUUCAGCAGGUUGUUGUAUGCGCUGUGCUUUUUUCAUGUGGUAUUGCAGGAGAGAAGCUCAUAUGGCCCUGUUGGCUGGACAAGUCCUCAUGAGCAUGAUGACUCAGAAUUGUUUACAUCAAUACAAACUUUACAGGCUUUCCUCAACACUGACAAGGAAGUAUCAUAUGAAGCCAUCCAAUACACAAUUGGUGAAUGCAUAUAUGGUGCUCAACUAACUGAUGAGUGGGAUCACCGAAUAUUAAUAACAAUUUUACAUGACUUUAUAAAUGAAGAACUUGUUGUUUCUCAAAACUAUAUCUUUACAGAGAUAAAUAAGGUGUACAGUGUUCCAUCAGACAUCACACAUUCAGCAUGUUUGCAGAAGAUUGAAAGUUUGCCACAAGAUACAGAGGCUGAAAUAUAUGGUAUGCAUCCUAAUGUUGACGUAAUUCAGAAAAUAAAUAAUACAAGUUUGUUUAUUGAUGCCUUGUACCUCGUUCAUGGGCCAGCUGUACCAACUAAAAUAUCAGACAUUGAAGAUGUUCUUAUCGACACAUGUACUAUUUUGCUAGAACAGCUUCCAGAGAAAGAGUUUGAUGAAAAAGCUGCAAGAAAAAAGUAUCCACUCUCACAGAAGGAAAGCUUGAAUAAUGUUCUCAUACUGGAAAUUGAUAAAUAUAACAAACUUCUCAAGACAAUUAGAAUGACGCUAGAAACAAUAAUCAGAACAAUGAAAGGCCAAGAAAUUAUUAUCUCCCCUGAAGUAGAAGACUCAGUAUCUUCCAUACUGAAAAACAAGAUACCUGCCUCUUGGUGGAAGGUAUCAUAUCCAAGUACCAAAAUGCUGGGGGCUUAUAUUGCUGAUUUCUCCAAAAGAUUUCAAUAUAUAAUGAAAUGGUACAAUGAUGGGCCACCAAAAGUUUUCUGGAUGUCAGCACUGUUUUCUACACAUCGCUUUCUCAGUACGCUGACAUGGAAUUAUUCAUGUAAAAAUGACAUUCCAUUCAAUAAGUUGUCAAUUGAUUGUUCACUUACACCACAGUCAGAUGUAGAUGAAUCUCAUUCUGAUGGCGUCCGCAUAUCUGGCCUGUUUCUAGAAGGAGCAAAGUGGGACAGUGAGAAAAAUUCUCUUGAAGAACAAGACAUGAAUGUUAUUUGGCAAAAGUUGCCUGACAUAUUUCUUUAUCCAAAGCAAUCCUCCAGAAUAAAAGAAGAAGGAAAAUAUAGAUGUCCUUGCUACAAAACAUCAGCUAGAUUUUCUCCACAGGCAUCAGGAAAAGAAACAAUUAACUAUGUUAUGUCAUUGUUACUCCCUACCAAAGAGAAGCCAGCAAAACAUUGGAUAGAGAGGGGUGUAGCAAUUGUUUUCCAGGAAGAAGCCUAAUAACCUUAGUACCAUAUUCAUUUACGUUAUAAGAUAGAUGUAUCAUACUGACUAUAAAUAAA